UUUCUCUUUAUACAUAAUUACAUAAAACAUAUAUAUCUUCCUAAUGGGCAUUAAAGUGAAGGUGAUAAAAACUGAAGUAGUGGCACCAAGACAACCAUGGUCCGAGCACUGGUUACCCCUUACAAACCUAGACUUGGUGGUGCCACCCAUUGAUAUGGGUUGUUUCUUCUGUUACAAGAAACCCCAUGACCAAAUGGACAUGGUUGAUGCACUCAAGACUUCUUUAUCUCACGUACUCGUCUUCUUCUACCCAAUUGCCGGAGAGAUUGUGCCCACCGCCACCAGUGAGCUCGAGAUUCAUUGUAACUACAGAGGUGUCGACUUUACUGAAGCUGCUGCGGAUGUCGAGCUCUGGGAACUUGACUUCUACAAUCAUGAUGAGAAUAUUGGAGUGAAACUAAUGCCCCAAGAGCACCAUGGGGUGCUUGCCAUUCAGGUAACAAUGCUGAAGUGUGGUGGAAUGGUGGUAGCAUGCUUGUUUGAUCAUCGAGUAAUUGACGGCUAUUCGAUGAACAUGUUCACCACUUCAUGGGCCAAUAUGACUCGAUCACAACCACCAUCUCUCAUACCUUAUUUUGAUCGUUCGGACCUUAAACCUCGACACUCAAAGCACUACACGCCUUAUGUAGCCAACAUGUUUUUUCCCCUAUCUAAACUCCCAUUGCCUGUAAGCGAUUCGGACAAUGAAUUGGACCUCAAUCAACACUCGCGAAUAAGUAGAAUCUAUUAUAUCAAGGGUGAACAAAUAAACGGACUCCGGUUGUUGGCUAGUGAAAAUGGGAUUAUAAGGUCUAAGGUAGAGUCGUUUGCUUCGUUUUUAUGGAAGAUUACGGGUUCGUUCUUGGAGGAUUCGGGCCACCCGGGUUAUAUGUGCAACAUUGCUGUUCCUGUUGAUGGUAGGAGAUGGUUAAGUGAAGGAGAAGGAGUCGAGAAAGAAAACCAGAUGGCUGCACGUUGUGGUAAUGUUUUUUCUAUACCGUUCCGAGGGAUCCGAGCACAGGAUUUGGUGGACAUGCCAUUGUCUUCUGUUGCAAGCCAUGUUCACGAGUUGUCCGAAAGUGCGGCCACCAAGGAACAUUUCAAACAGUUGAUAGAUUGGGUUGAGGACCAGAAGCCAAACACACUAAUAUCACGACCGUUUGUGGUGAAAGAGAAAGCAUUCUCCAUCAUGAUGUCGUCGGGACUAAGGUUUUCGCUAUUGGGAAAGAUGGAUUUUGGAUGGGGUAAACCGGUGUUCACAUCAUGUCAUGUUCCGACCACUAGGAUGGACUGUCAUGUGAUGCCGUUGGCUAGUCCGGUUAACGGGGAUGAUUGGAUUGUCUACAUGCAUUUGCCGAAGAAACAGUUGGACUAUAUGGAGGCACGUGCGGGAAAUGUGUUUAAACCCUUGAUCGCUGGUUACUUGCAACAAGCUUUAAACCCUAAGAUUUCUCGGAUAUAAAUUUUCCAUAAGUCACACUAGUAUGAACCUUGAAAAUAAACUAGUAUUAAGACUGUUGGAUGUUGUGGUAAAGUCAAAUUGACCAAGUUAAAAUAAAAUAACUCAAACGGGUAUAUGUACAUUGAAGAGUGAAAGAUGGAGAUCCAGUUUAGUAGGAACUAGUGUUUGGCCAUUCAAAAAAAAAAGAAAAAAGAAAAAAAAAAGUAGGAACUAGUGUUAAUUAUCUUAUCUAUUUAAAGUAGAGGGUAGCAUAGCUUUUCAAUGUAUGAGUCGAAAAUUACCUUUCAAUUGUGUUACUAUUUUCAAAG